AUGCCCUAUUUCCAAUCCACGACGGACGGUGCACGCCUGCACUACGUCGAGUACAACCCGUCACCAACACCAGCACCAACCGGCGAGAAAGCUGUCGGCACAGCAGCACCAGUACCAGCACCAGCACCACGCUUUGCGAUCUCCCCAACCCGCGACCUCAGCGGUCUCGCAAGCGGCGACCCCAACGGCCAAGUGACGCUCGUCUUCAUCCACGGCUGGCCGAUGUCGCACCGGAUGUUCGAGCACAUGCUGUUGCGGCUGAGCGAGACACACGGCGUGCGGUGCGUGGCAAGCGACCGGCGCGGGUUCGGGGACAGCGAGUGGACCGGAUGCGUGGGCAAGGGCGAAACCAUCACGUACGACACGUUCGCGCGCGACACGGUCGACUUCCUCAGUGCCGUGCAGCGCGGCAGUCGCGGGCUCGGCGCGUUCUACUUCGUCGCCGCGAGCAUGGGCUGCGGCGAGACGGCGCUGGCGUACCGCUUGCUGCUCAACGCAGUGGAUGAUCCCGCGGCGCUGGACUUGAAGAGCCGCUGUCGUGGCUUCGUCUGGCUGGGGCCCAGUCUGCCGUUUCCGUUGCGCACGGAGCGGAACCCCUCUGCGCCGCCGCGCGAGCUGUGGGAUGCCAUUCUACAGGGAUUUCGAGACGAUCGAGUUGGGUUUGUCCGGGCAGCCAUCCCGGGGGUUUUUGGCGAGGGGUUUGGUAUUGGGGUUGAACUUGCGCCAACCGUCAAGGAACGGUUCGAACGGAUUGUUGAGCGUGCCGAUGCGUUGGCUAUAGAGAGGUGUGUGCAGAUUAUCGCGGGGACGGAUUUGACGGAUGUUGUUAGGGGUUUGGAUUGUCAAGAUGGUGGUGGUGAUGGACACGGGGUGAGGUUGUUGGUUGUCCAUGGGGAUAGUGAUCAGAGUAUGCCAGCCGAAAGUAGCGCGAACAUCAUCCCGACACUUGUCACACAGGCACAGGUGAAGAUCUACAAGAAUGCCGCACAUGGCUUAUACCUCACUCAUGCGGACGAGUUGCUGGACGAUAUCUUGACCUUCGUAUUCGGGAAGUGA